CGUGCCUUAGCUGUGCCUGGGUUUGUGAAAAUGAAGCGAAGAAGAAGUUAUUUCUUUUAAGGAAAAACGCCGUGCUCCCAAAAGGAGGACUUUGCGUCUAUAACCAACAGCUUUCUUAGGGGUUUAACUGAACCACGCUUUUGAACUUCCGAACCCCGAAAUGAUGAAGCUCAAGUCAAACCAAACCCGGACAUACGAUGGGGAUGGCUACAAGAAACGCGCCGCCUGUCUGUGUUUCAGGAGUGAGACUGAGGAGGAGGUGCUGUUGGUGAGCAGUAGUCGACAUCCUGACAAGUGGAUUGUUCCUGGUGGUGGAAUGGAGCCAGAAGAGGAACCCAAUGUUGCUGCUGCCCGAGAAGUGUGUGAAGAGGCUGGUGUGAAGGGGACUUUAGGUCGCUUGGUUGGAGUGUUUGAGAACCGAGAGCGGAAACACAGAACUUACGUCUACGUCCUCAUCGUAACAGAAGUCCUGGAGGACUGGGAGGAUUCUGUCAACAUUGGGAGGAAAAGGGAAUGGUUUAAAAUAGAUGAUGCCAUACAAGUGUUGCGGUGUCACAAGCCUGUACAGGCCACCUACUUCGAGGCUCUCCAAGAGAGUUGCCUGACCAGUAACGGAACGCCCUUGGUGGCCACGAUAGGUGGGGAUCUCUCCCCUACAUACAACAUCAAUCAGAGCUCUGUCUCUGGUAUCAGAUAACUAAAACACAACACUGGCACCCCAGCUUUUGCCACCACUUGCGCUCUUACUUGUAUUAUAGUCUCUUCUCCUCUUCUCUUCUCCUUUUCUCAACAACAUUGUUUGCCUUGCCAACUAUUUUGUGCCACAAGUGUGGCACAGACUUGAUGACAAGUCUUGGGUGAAUAUUCUGAAACACUUGGUAAAUGUAAAUUUAACUUUCAACACCUGUUUUUUUUUUCUUUUUACUGACAAUUGCAUGAAACAUCCCUCACCCCCACUCUCCUCUUCAUUCUCCUUCCUUAUCACGCCCUUAGCGUGUUUAUUGAAUGCAAGAACUACUUUUUACUGUUGUAAUGUUAAAGUGUAUACUUAGUGCUUAAGAUGAAGGCUUUUGGUGGUCUUUUUAAAUGUCUUUUAUUUUGCCCUUUUUUGUGGUUACUUUUCUGUGAAUGAAUGUGCCCAUGAGUGUAUUCUCUCCCCUUUCAUAAAAAUAGGAAAUGUUCUCUGUGUCUGAAUGAACAGAAUUGUGGGAAGUGACUUUUGCAUGAACACUGUUUUGUUUUGCCUCACUCAUUGGGGUGACCUAUGCUGAGUGUGAUAGUCCUUAGUGGUAAGGUUCUUGGAUUCUCUUGAUUUUGUUCCUUAUUGUGGUCAUCAACAUCUCAGAUUAAUGAUUGUGAUUAAUCUAAAGCAGGGGUGGCUAACCAUGUGCCAUGGAGAGCCAUGUGUAUGCAGGUUUUCAUUCCAGAUGGACUCCACACCAGGUAAUUUCACUGAUUUGCAAAUCUUCAACCAAAGAGGAAGAAUGUAUCAGAGAAAUCACCUGGUGUGGAGUUGGGUUGGAAUGAAAACCUGCAUACACAUGGCUCUCCGUGGCACAUGGUUAGCCACCACUGAUCUAAAGGAUCAGAUUAAUCAGAUGGAUGAAGUCCCUUGAUACCUUUACUUGUUUUCACGUGUCGAGUACGAUCUUCCCUUAUUUGGAGAGCCAGCCAAUCACCACAGGUUUUCAUUUUAAACAGAACAUAUGAAUAUAGACAUGUAGAGAGAGAGCAAGUGAAAGGAUAUCCGCACACAUUUUAACUAACACGAACCAGAUUUGUCCUCAGUGUCUUCGCCCCCUUUUGAUCCUCCUGCCCCCUUUAGCUUUUAAAUUCUUGCUUGUGAAUGACUGCAAAGUCUUCCUCCCAAUAUACUAAGAGGGUAUAAGGAGCACAGGUUUCAAAACUAUGGAACUGUGAUUUCAAAAUAGAGCGCAUAUCACUUAAUCGAGCCCUUUUCCAUAAUUCUACUUCUCAUUUGGUUUAAUAUCAAUUGUUUACAUUGUGUUCAUUGUGUCCAUAACAUGGCACUAGACCGGUAUUUGUAACACAACUUUUUAGAGGGCACUUUUCAGUGUGGUCCUAAGUUUUGCUUUCCUCUGUAAAAACCCUUGUUUCUUUGACAUUAAAUCUGCAUCCUCAAAAGCACUCAAACACCCGCUUGACAUUGAAAGUAAAGGAAUCCAAAAUGCUGUCUUUGGCAAGAUGCAGAACAAACAAAGCCUUGUACAGUUUGAGACCUCGUUUUUAACAUGUAAAAUGCUUUUGAAUACUAGGGUUUUUUUUUCCUUUUUUGUUUUGUUUUUCUCUCUCUAACGUCUGGCAAAGUCUCUUAAGCCAAGCUGCGUCACUUGCCUCGAUGUGGCAUGGAGCAGUUGGCCCAAUACUGUGAAACUGGAGGCACUGUAGAUAGCAUGUAAGGCGUUUUUAUUGUAAAUUGUUUAUUUCUGUAUAGAUCAAAAGGUGAGAGUAUAAAUGACAAACACUUCUUAUACAUCCUUGAGUGCUAUGUGUCGUUUCCAAUUGAGGCUGAAAGAUCUUAGGGAGUGACAUUGGCUUUAAAGUCAGUUAAGGAUUUUCUCGCAAGAGAUGGUGUCCAGUAAAAUUGAGGCUAUAGAACAAGAAAUGUUUUGGACUGUGUGUUGCUGUGGGAUUGAAGAGCCUAUUUAUAAAAACUGAAUAUUUUAAGAAUUUUUUUCUCCCCCCUUAGACCAAAGUAAAUAUGAAUUGAAAUCCCUGGCCAUAUGUUGGGAGUUUUUGGGGCCUACUUCUAAAAUAGACAUUAAGUGCAGUCUAAAAUUUCCAAAACAUUAAUAUACCAUUCAUACCACUUAGUUGUAAACUGCCCCUGAUUUUAGAUCUUGGCAAGCUUAAAUGGUGGCAGAGUAGUGGUUGUCAUAUAGUGGUGAUUUCUUACUGCAUUCUGUAUAGGCCUCUUUCUUUCAUUAUCUGUUGGACCACCAUUGCCCCACUGAAUUGAGAAAUACCAAAUUCACCGUUGGAGCCAUGUUCAUUAUCCUCCUGAUUAUCACUGAAAUCGAUUUACUUCCUUAAAGGCAGUUGAGACAAAUGCCAGCAAAUUGUAUAGCUGCAUAUUUGAAAAUUCUCUCCUAUAAAGGUUUGAGACUUUGAAUACGAGUUUUAUUGCUGCGCACAAGAAAGGUGUGGUGGCCAAAGUCUUGAUUUAUAACGUUUUGGCACUAAAUGAUUUCAGGUUGAUUAGACCUUUGAGCCUCCAUUUUAAGUGUGCAGGUAGACAGUAACAGAAUGACUGCUGGGUAGAAUCAAAUUCCUGUGAUGCUAGCGGGAUUCAGUUUCCUUGUGGUGGUGACGUUUUGAUAUGGUUGACAGGUGUUGUCAAAAUGUAUGUGAGGAGGAUUUUCACAGCCAAUGACUGAAAAAUUAUGACCACUUGUUAUUUAUCCUUUUUCCUAUUUGUACUUCUCUUGUGUGUCAUUGACAAGAUAAUGUCCUUGUAUAUAGCUAACAUCAAGAGCCCCCACACCCCUCUAUGGUUCUUUUCAGUGAUGGUUAAUAUAUUUUUUUCUUUUUGAUUCCUCUUUUGAAAUCCAAAUUCGGCCAAUUCCUCUGUAUAAGGCAGAACAGGGUGACAAGAGCUGAAGUGUUAAAAUAGAAUGGAGUGAGGUAAUGAAGUGACUGUUUCCACAAAUGAAAUUUCCUGUCCAGCUUGGACUGUAGCCUCACCUUUUUUUUUUGUUGAUCUGACACAGAAUGAGUUGAUAUUUGUGACAUCGGUACCUCCAAACUAUAAAAAAUUGAGUGAGGAAAAAAUAAAUUUGAAAUGUAUUCUGUAAAGAAUAGUUGGGCCUUGAUAUUUCCAGUAAGGGUUAUCAGCCACCAAGUGAGGAGUUGGUGCCAUCUAGUGGUCAAAGAACACUAGGAUACAUCGCUUUGAACUCAUUGUUCUAUUCUGCAGUUUCUUUUAGCAUAGCAGGCCUGGUAGAAUUUUAAUUGUUACUGUCAGAUCAUUUUCUUGACUAAUAUAACGGUAAUUAAUUGAUUUAGGAAAGAAAAUAACUCCCCCUCAAAAUAUGUGAAAUUAAAUUGACUAAUGGAUUUAGCAUGCACUUCGAGCCGUUGACCUCAGCUUUGAAGUUACAUGUUAUAAUGGUAUUCUCCAAGGUAUGUCACUGGAAUUUUCUUUUCCUUCUUUGUCAUUUGGGACUGUGGAAUAAACCAGUGUGAGAAGACUGAAGAUUGUAAUAUAAAUGUGCCAAUAAAUAAACACCAGUAUUUCACAUUCCGUCCAAUGUUUUUGAUGCUAUAUAAAAUGCAACUUGAUUGAUUGAUGCUUCCAAGUCAGUCAGCAACAUAUACCGCACUGCAGUACACCAAAGUCCAAGUGAUGCAUUAAACUUUGUCAUGUCCAUGACAGAAUAGCUUGUAUUAUUAAAUCAACUUUUUGUUUUUGUGUACUACUUAUCCCUUGAGUAGCACCACUUUGAGACCAGUUUCACAAUAAACGUAUUUGUACUUUUUUUUUUUUUUUAAAUCAUUGCAAGUCCAUCUCUGCUACAUUGUGCAACAGCAAAUUCAGUCCCCUAAAA